AUGUCCGUCGCCGACCCCCUCGCAGGGCCUUCGCCUUUGCGCGAUAUCGUCGCGCCCCAGUUCCACCAAAACAACUUUGUCGUCGAGGACUUCAUAAAGACCAAUUUGGGUGUCAAACUCGACAAAGAUGACCAGAUCUGCCGCCUCGCUCUCACAGCGGCAGGCUGCCCCUUAGGACCUCUACACUGCAACUUACGGCAUACAAACCCUUCAAUGCAAAACUUCCAGCCCCCAAAGCAGCUUCCUACACACCCGCGUGAGCGUGAGCGACUGUCCACCGUAUGUAAGCACUGGCUUCGUGGCCUUUGCAAGAAGGGGGACGCAUGCGAGUUUCUUCAUGAAUACAACCUCCGGCGCAUGCCCGAGUGCUGGUGGUACGCAAAGUACGGCUACUGCUCGGCCGGCGAUGAGUGCCUGUACGCGCACCCUAAGGAGCGCAAGGUAGAGUGUCCAGACUACAAGCGAGGCUUCUGUAAAUUGGGUCCUUCGUGCCCUCGGAAGCACAUCCGCAGAAUAGCCUGCCAACUGUACUUGACCGGCUUCUGUCCCAUGGGACCAGACUGCCCCCGUGGCCACCCGAAGCCGGGGCUCCCGCCUCCCGAGGCGUACGAGCUGCCACCUCCACCAGCACGAGACUUAGGCCCGCCGCCGCCAGGCUAUGGGAGAUACACAGACUUCGACCGCUCGUAUCAGAACAAUCAGAACAACGCUGCCGCCGCGGCAGGAGCACCGCGAAGGAAUCUUGACGAAGUUCUGUGCUUCAAGUGUGGUGAGAAGGGUCAUUAUGCGAACCACUGUCGCAAUCGGAAUGUGCCGGGCAACCGUGGGGGUCAAGAUCGUUCGAUGAGGCGUUACGAUGAAUAG